AACAAAAAACAUCGUUGCAUUGAUAGUGUGUCAUCGAUGUUUCUACACCUACAAUCAAUUAGUAAUCAUAAUAAUAAUGUUCGACAGCACAUAUGUUGUUUUUAGUCAAAUAUACUUGUGAAAUGUGAACAAACAAACUCGCGUUAAAUGCAACGUUAAUUAACUUACUGCGGCACAAAGAAUAACAAAGAGCUUUUGUUAGCACAAUGUCCAGUGUUGACGAAAUAAAAAUCGAUCUUCCCCCACUAAGUUUCGAGAAAUCACCAGAGACGCAGGAUGAGCGUACUAAGCGAGAAGCGAUUGAAGAACUAAUUGCCAAAUAUCCCGAAAAUCGCAUUCCAAUUGAGGAAUUGCGCAAACAAGCGCUCAGCGAAUUGGGGCUGGUUAACGAUGACCUCAGACGUGUUUUGUGGCCACAGUUGGCUGGCGUCGAUGUCAACAGCUUGGAGCGUGUACCAACUCUGGCUGAAUUGCAAUCACAUCCGGAAUACAAUCAAGUGGUGCUCGAUGUGAAUCGUUCAUUGAAACGUUUUCCCCCCGGAAUUCCCUAUGAACAGCGUAUUGCGCUGCAGGAUCAGUUGACGGUGCUCAUAUUGCGUGUCAUUCAAAAAUAUCCAAACUUACGCUACUAUCAGGGCUAUCACGAUGUGGCCGUGACAUUUCUGCUCGUCGCUGGCGAAGAAGUUGCCUACGCCAUCAUGGAGGAGUUGUCCACCACCCACUUUUCCGAGUGCAUGCAAGAAACAAUGGAGGCCACCCAACGGCGCUUGAUGUUCAUUUGGCCUGUGGUGCAUUUUGAGCAGCCCGAACUGUUUCAGUUCUUGCAACGUUCCACAGUUGGCACACUGUUUGCCUUACCCUGGUAUCUCACCUGGUUUGGACACAGUUUGAACUCAUACAAGGCUGUGGUGCGUUUGUAUGAUUAUUUUCUCGCCUCGCCGAUGUACACGCCCAUCUUUGUGACAGCCGCAAUUCUGCUGUAUCGAUCGCAGGCCAUUUUGAGCGAGGACUGUGAUAUGGCGUCGGUGCAUUGUCUCUUAUCAAAGCUGCCAGAUGAUUUGCCGUUCGAGGAUUUGUUGCGCACAUCGAGUAAAUUGUACGACAAAUACAGUUUGACAGUAAUUGAGAAAAAGGUUGAGGAACUCAUCAAAUUAGAGCAAGAGCAACGACAAUUGGAGGAACGACGUCGUCGCUAUCCGCGUUCCACAUCAGCAAAACCAGAUUACACAUUAAGUCGAUGGGUGUUGAAGAAGUUGACCACGAAAUCAGUAAUGAUGACAACCGCUGUUUCGAUUGUGGUAGGCAUUUGUGCAUAUUACUACAAGAAUCAGUAUUUGGCCGCUGGCAUCAGCUGAGUUACCGGCUACUUCCAUCCCACGCUCUACUAUACUAUAUUCCGAUCUAUGCCUAAUCAGCCGAAGAUCGGCUGUAUGGUCAAAAUCUGCCUUUAUUAACGCUCGUUCACGUUCAUGUUUCACACACAUUUUAAAAAGCUUGUAUAAAUUGACAUAAAACCCCCACAAAAAAAAAAAAUAA